AUAAUGGCGGAGUUCGCCCUUGGUCUGACCAAGAAGGCGGUGGAGGGGACGGUGAGCAGGGUGAAGUUGGCGAUCGAGGAGGAGGCAAAACUCAAGGUCCGGGUGCAGAACGAUCUACUGUUUAUCACCGGCGAGUUCCAGAUGAUGCAAUCCUUCCUUAAGGUUGCCAACAAGGAGCGCGCCAAGAAUGAAGUGGUGAGGACGUGGGUGAGGCAGAUCCGCGACCUUGCCUUUGACGUGGAGGACUGCAUCGAGCUCAUCGUCAGCCUCGACGUCAAGUCGGGCUGGUCCUGGCUGUGGCGCGUGCAACCGGGCUGCAUGGCACCGCCACGGCCCCUCGAUCAGGCGGUCGCCGAGAUACAGCGACUCAAGGCGAGGGUGGAGGAUGUGGGCAACAGGAACACCCGCUACAACCUCAUUAGCUACUCCGGCUCCGACUCCAGCUCCCCUAAAGUCUCCUCUAUGGUGCCGGAGCUUAUACCGGCCAAUGAUGUCGACAGCGCAUCAUUAUCAACAUUCCAACUCCUGCAGGAGGUGUGGGAAGCCGCUGGGAAGAUGCGGCGCCGUAAGGAGGACCUCAGAAACUUACUAGGGAGUCAAGGCAGUGACCUUGAGGUGAUCUCACUAUGGGGAAGUCAAGGACCAGCUGCUGGUCUUGGAACGACGUCCAUUCUCACGACGGCGUACAAUGACCCCAAAAUCUGCCAAGAUUUCAAAAUUCGGGCAUGGGUAAAGCUGAUGCAUCCUUUUAGCCCCGAUAAGUUCCUUAUAAGGUUGUUGACUCAGUUCUGUGCUAGCUCUCAACGAGCAAACAUACAAGGCCCAGAGUUCCAAGCAGAGAUGAGAGCAGCGGUUAUUAGAAAUGAUGAUCUCAUGAAAGCCCAGCUCAUGCAACAAGUCACUAAUAAGCAGAGGUAUCUUGUCAUCGUGGAAGAGUUAUCCACAUCCACUGUAGAAGAGUGGGAAGCCAUCAGAAUGUACCUACCGGACAGUAAAAAUGGCAGCCGGAUUGUCGUGGCAACGCAACAGUUGGGGCUAGCACUCUCAUGCAUUGGGGAUCCAUACCAAGUAUUUGAGCUCAGAAAAUUCUCCGAUGGUCAAUCUCUUUGCGCCUUUCUCAACAAGAAAGUGUACUCGGACCACAACAGGAGUCCUUCUAUCUCUAGUAAAAUCGUAGUGGCACGUGACUGGAUCGCCAACGGACUUAUUAUUGGGCGUCAAGGUGAACAGGAUAUGAUUCUCGAGAGAUUCCUGGAUGGUCAUGUGACUUCUGUGUGGGGGCUUGCAGGGGUCGGAAAAUCAGCUCUAGUCAAAAGCAUUUACUACCAUGAUAUGAUUAAAUGUGUAGACCAACUCACAAAGUACAGCUGGGUGGAUGUUCCUCAGCCGUUCAAUCUGAUGGGCUUUUGUAGGCGGUUACUAAUGGAUUUUCAUUCGAAUGAUCUUGAAGCAAAUGAGACUGCUCUAAUUGAUAUGAUGGAAGGCCAGGACCCAAUUCAGUUGUGUCGCGAGUUCCUACAACAAGAAAAAUGUGUCACCGUUAUUGAUGGAUUGCGCUCCAGCAAUGACUGGGACUUGAUAAAUGCUGCCUUCUUAGCUAAGCCUAUUAAAGGUCGUAUACUUGUUAUUACAAAUGAAGAAAGCAUUGCCCUGCAUUGUGCAGAUAGCAAAAAUUAUGUGAUCAACAUUAAUGGUCUAGAAGAUGAAGCAGCCCUUACGUUGUUCAGUGAGACUUACCAAAGGGUUAAUCCAAGACACAUGGACAUAACUUCCGACGAAGUAGACCUUUCAAGACUCAUCAUAGCCAAGUGUGGUGGGCUACCAAAAGUAAUAACUGCUAUAGCCAAGUACAUCCACCAUGAACUUCAAAACCACAUCAUAGCGGGGAUCGUUCCCCAUGAAAUUACAAAUAUGUAUUUGCAGUAUAUAUAUGAUGAAUUGAUGAGCUUGUUGGAAACCAACCCAAUGUUCCAUGGUUUAAGGGGUUUGUUUUCUUGGAUACAGUCCUACUUUCACGAUUGCCCAGAUUCACUAAAGCCAUGUAUUUUCUAUCUUUCAAUAUUCCCUUCAAGCCACAAUAUUAGGCGAAGACGUUUGUUGAGGCGGUGGAUUGCCGAGGGUUACUCUACAGAAGAGAAUGUGGAAAAGUUAUUCGCUGAUCUUUUCAAAUUGAGCAUAAUCCAGCAGCAAUCACCAAGCAAAAUGGGUGUGUGUCAAUUCAAUGGUUUCUUCCGUGAAUACAUCAUUUCACGGCCAAUGCAAGACAAUCUUGUGUUUGAACUGGAUGGUCAUUGCAGCCUUGACUCACAACGUGCCGGAAAACACCUCACUAUAAGUAUUAAUUGGGACAGGGCCAAGAUUCUAUUCGAGAGCUUGGAAUUGUCACGGUUGCGUUCACUUACCGUGUUUGGGGAGUGGAGGUCAUUCUUCAUCUCUGCCGAUGCCAAAAUGACAAUGCUCCGGGUGCUGGAUCUAGAGGACACAUCAGGUGUAACAGACGAUGACCUCAAGCACAUCGGAAAACUAAUUCCACAACUCAAGUUCCUCUCCCUGCGAGGAUGUAAAGAUAUAACCUGUUUGCCGAGUUCACUGGGUUGUCUCAGACAGCUUCAGACCCUGGAUAUCAAAUGCACCUCCAUAGUCACACUACCACCGGCUAUCAUGAAGCUAGAGAAGCUACAGUAUGUUCGUGCUGGCACGAGAGGUUGUGGAUCAGCAACACGAGAAGACAACAAUGGAACUGCCGUAGGCAUAGCAACAGCACCACCAACGGACGGUGAUGGUGCGAGCACAAGCCAGCCACUAGCGGUAGCAUCAGCAGCUGCUGCAACAGAUGAGGCCCGGACAUCAUCACCAACGGCAAUCAGCUGGUUGUCCAGGUUUCGCAGAAAGGAGAUCGUUAGCGGUGCUCAUGAUGGCGUACAGUUUCCGGCUGCUGCAACAGGAGGGAUCGGGAGGUUGAGGGCCUUACACACUCUUGGUGUUCUCAGUGUCCAAGGUGCAAGUGGGAAGGUCGUUAGAGAGCUGAAGAAGCUUGAACAGUUACGCAAGCUAAAAUUGUCCGGCAUCAACCGGACAAACUGGCAGGAUUUUUGUUUCGCCAUCUCUGGUCACUGUUAUCUCGAGUCCUUGUCAGUGCGACUCAGUGACUAUGAACAGAAAGACGAUCCUUAUUCUUUGGAUGACAUCUCCAAGCCACCAAAGAUACUAAAGACUCUCAAGCUGUACGGGGGCAGUGUACACGUAUCACCAGUCUGGAUGAAGCAGCUAGAUGGUCUGACAAAGCUUGAUGAUCAAGAUCUUCAGCUCACAAUAUCAACGCAAGGGGACAUAGACAGCCUUGUGAAAGUGCAAUGUCAGAAUAUGUUUCGUCAUCUUUGUGUCAAGCCGAUUCAAGAUGGCGAGCUCCUCUAUGGUUGGUGGGAACGUUGGUGGGAAGGGAGACAUUUCACUGCAGCCAAAGUCCUCAAGAUUGAUUGUGGCAGCUACAAAGUUGAGAUAGAGUUUGGACAAUUUAUACCUGAACAUGUAGAGGUGCUGGUGGUUCACUGCUCUACUACUGAUGCGUCUUUGAAGCUCUCUGGUAUAAACUGGCUAAGCAGCCUCAAGGAAGUGUGGCUCAAGGGUACGUACAGCGAAGCAGUCAAGCAACACCUCCAGGAAGAAGUCGCGAAGCAUCGGAAAAAACCUACGUUCAAGGUGGACGACCAACAAUCUUCCGCUACCGUACCUUCCGCGUGCUGAAUUUGUGCGUCUUCUGAUCUUCUCGUUCAGUGUUAUCCACGGUGCUGAAUUAUGUGCUCGAGUGUUGAAAUAUGUAGUGUACUAUUUAGAGUUUGC